AUGGUGAAGCAAGCCACAAAAGGACAAAAAGAGAUUUACCAAGAAAACCAGAGUACUAUCUUCUAUUAUAGUGCUGCUUCUUCGGUAGCCAGUCUAUUAUAUGGCGUUGUUGCUGGAGUUUUGAGUUCAAACACCACGAAUGGAUGGGUUUGGUUCGGAGUAUGUGUGGUCAUUCAGCUGCUUUCAGUUUUUUUCAUGAAAAGCAUGGCUAAAUCACAAAUGGACUCUAAGGGUCACGUCGUGGACGCUGGCAUGGAUUUGAAUGACCCCACCGCGUUUGGUGAAUAUUGCAAAGAUGCUGUUAUUUUGACAGUAUUGGUCCAGAUUCUUGGUGUUUUCUCGAACUACUCUUUCCUACUUUUACUUGGCUUCCCAGCUGCUGUCGGAUACAAACUUUUCUUUUCUUUCAUUCUUCCAUGGUGCACAUCAUCGACCGAAGAAACAGAAGAAGUAGACGAGAAGAAGAUGAAAAAGAAGGAUAGAAGAGAGAAAAUCGUUUAUAGACAUUAA